UUUGUAGGGUUUGACAAGCAACCUCCAUCACAUUCCCGUUUGUGUACCGUAUGAAGCUUCCUCCGUCUCCCAUUCUCGAGUGAAGUAGUUACUGCAACUUUUGACAUGUUUUUGUUAUGAAGUAGCUGCUACAAAUUUCUGUUGUCGUUAUUGUAAGUUACAAAUUUCUAUUAGCAGCUACUGCAAAUUUGCGUUACCUGCUGAAAGUUAUCAUCAUUAUAAGUUUUGAACACAUUUGAGGUUGCUUAGUAGCUGCUGCAAGUUUGUGUAAGGUGAUGCAAUUUUUUAUUUAGUCCAUACAAAUUUAGUUAGCUAGCCACAAGGAACAAGUGGUGUUGGCGGAGUAAGCUGUAAAAUAAACUUGGAAGGAGAUGGAGAAGGUAAUGGCGGAGGGCAGUGGCUUUUGUUCUUCUCUUGGAGAUGGUAGUUAACAAGGAUAAAGUUGUAAAUUCAACCUUUAACUAAUUAAUUACAAAGACAUAAAUCCAAUACAAAAUCCAUGAAGCAAACAAGUACUUUUGCAAAUCCAACACAAAUCCAAAAUGACAAAAUCCCACAUAAUCCUUCUAUGAUAAAAUCCAGGGUUUUACACAAAUCCUUGAUUUUUCAGAAUCCUACAAGCAAACGACCUCUAAAUGGGUAUGGGUUGGAUAUGGAUAUCCAUUUACUUGAGGGUGUUUUAACUACACAUGCAAAAAUUGGACCUAUUUGCAAAACUUGAAAAGUUUAGAUACCAAAAUGUAAGACUAAAAAAAUUUAGGUACCAAAACGUAAUUUUCCAUCGAUAUUUUGAGGACUUAUAUGCAAAAAAAAAUUAAAUUUAGGUACUAAAUAUGCAUGUCUAUUAAGUUUGGGUACCAAACUGUAAUUUGUAUUUGGGCAUGGGUACAAACCCAAAUCCAUUUGAUAUAAACCCAACUCACCCAAAGUAAAUGGGUAUGGGUACAAACCCAUCAAACUCUACCCAUAUCCAUCUAUUUGGAUUUCAUACCCAACCCAAUUGGGUUGGAUAGUAAGAAACUCAUGGGUAUGGGCAAAGUUGCCAUCCCUAUGCAUGAGUAUAUGUUUCGAGUUCGUUCAAACUCGUCGUAUUUGUCAUUCGUGCGCGCGUAAAACAAUUGUUAGUGUCAUUGAGAUUGUAGCAUGGAAACUAUGGAAUAACAGCGCGGUUCGGUGUCACGAUCAUGUUCAUACUAUAUUUAUCUUGAUAAUCAGAGUUUGGCAAAUGUCUGAAGAAUGAAUGUAUUAAUAUAUCAUUUCCUCACAAAAAGAUAUGACGCGAGCUUGCUAGAAUGUAUGUACUAAAAAUUUCGAUCUCGAGCUAUGAAGAGUGCUUAUGCGCGUUGAAACGGGUUUAAGUUUAGUAUAAUUAAGUCGUCACCGCACAAAGUACUUUUGAUUUAUACACAAGUUUACCGGCCUAGUUAUUCUGCUAAUUGUAUAAGUUGUUAGUAUAUACUAACUAAUAUUCAAAAUGUAUGAACUAGUAUCCAAGUAUGCUGAUUUUACUAAAAUAUCUAGAUAGCACAGACUAGUAUUCAAAACAUCAUAAACUAGUAUCCAGAUAGCAGAAACCAACUAAUAUCCACAAUCAACCAACUAGUAUUCAAUAUGGAUACUCUUAUAUGUUAUCUGGAUAAUAAUUAUGUACUGUAUGGAUACUAUCUUGUGUUUUCUAUAUAUUAUUUUGUGAAUUUGGGAUAAUAAUUGAUUCAUUGAGGAUAUUAGUUAGCAAACUUCGAAUACUAGUCUGUGCUCUCUAGAUACUUGAAUACUUGGAUACUAGUUCAUGUAUUUUGGAUAUCAGUUAGUAUCUGCUAACAAAUCUUCAAGUUAGCAUAUUAACUUUCCCCAAGUUUUCAUUAGUUUAAAAAGACAUGCACGUCGUAUUGUGUGUUUUAGACUUUUAGUAGUCAGGUUAAAUAUUAGAUCCAUGUUACUUGCACACAACCAUAUAUCUGCCACAAAAGUUCAUCAUUAGGAAUGGCAAUGGGGCAGGUCCAGGGCGGGUAUCUCGAUACCCAUACCCGCCCCAUGGCAGGUCGGGUAAUUUAUCACGGGGCGCGGGUCGGGGCAGGUCGACCCAUUGGGUAUGUAAUUUAUGUGAAAAACAUUAGAAAUAUUCGUUCUUUUCAUUGAAAGGCCAAGAAAGAAACCAUAAUAUGAUAAAAUGUAGUUAAAUUAUUGAAGAAAUUGAGGUUUUCACUUAUUUACAAAUUUAUUAUAGCUAAAAUAUACUGUAAUAAGAGGAAAAUCUUAAGUAAUUUAACUAAUAUUAUAUGUAAUUUAGGCAAGAACGGGUCGAGAAUGGGGCGGGUCAGGGCAGGUCGGGUCGAUGAGAGGUACCCAUGCCCGCCCCGCCCCGCCUACGGGGCGGGUUUGACCCGCCCCAAAACAGGUCAAACAGGUCGGGUAAAUCGGGUCAGGUCAAAAUUGCCAUCCCUAUUCAUCAUAGCAUACGAUUAUAGUAAAUUAGUUCAUUAAUCUCGAUCAGUUGAGUAAUUUUAGGGGAAAAAAGCAAAAAACGGAUCUUGUAAUUAGCAAUUCCAUAUCAUAACAAUCCCAAUACAAUUAUAGUUUUAGGGGUCGUUUGGAAGUUGCGAUUGUUAAAUGUAUUAUAGUUUUAGGGGUCGUUUGGAAGUUGCGAUUGUUAAAUAGAUGUAUUGUUGAGAAUGCAUGUAUAAUAUUAUACAUGUAUUGUCGAAUUUGAUGCAUUGUAGAAUACUACUUUUGGUAUGUGUGAUUGUGUAUGUCGCAUAAGCUAAAAGCUGAGACAAAACAAUCUCAACUCAACUAUCUCAACAAUCACAACUAAAAGUUGAGAUAUAACAAUCACUUAAAAUGAGUGAUAAUUUCUAUCACAAUCCAUGUAUUGUUUCUGCUAAAAAAAAAAAAAAACGAUGCAUUGUAAACAAUACAUGCAUAAUGACAAUCUCAACAAAACAAUCGCAACUUCCAAACAACCCCUUAUAGUAUGUUUAUCAUUUGUAGUGGUUGGUUUUCGCGUUUACGAGACUACAAUUCCAAUACAAAUUACUAUUCAUGAUUAGCAUGCUACAUUGAUAUUCAUGAUUAGCAUGAUUACAAUUCAUGAUUUGGCACAAUAUCAUAUUCAGAUUUCUCACGCGUAGAGAUGCCAAUGAGACGGGCUGGAUCAUAUUUCUCUAAAUCCAAAUCCAAUACGGUACCCAUAAGUUCAUGAAUAUAACCAUACAUUAUUUCAUCAAACACUCACAUUGUAAAAUUAUAUAAAAAAAAAAUUCCUAUAAACACAUCUCCAUAAAAAGUACUAACAAGUAACAUCCUCGUAAAUGAUUUAUAUGUUUAUGGUUAAAUUGACACAAAAACUAAUAGUAUCCAUAGAUUAUUCAUAUUGUUUCGGUGAUGCACAAAAUAAUUUCGGUUUGCUUUAUGGUUGUGGGUCGGGUGGAAAACAAGUUGGAUUUCGACAAAAUAAAAACUCGAUCCAGCUCGCCAAUUUAAAAAAAUGGAUGAAACCCUCACCGACCCAAACCAUAAAAAUCGAGUUUUAUCUACUUUAACCGAGUUGAAUACUCAUGAGUCCGAGUUCCGUUGUCAUCACUACCCAAACCCAUUCUUAGGGAGCCCUGGCCAUUCGAGUUCGGCCUUGGGGCUUUACAAAGAAAGGCCCAGCCCCAACCUAAGAAGCCUUUAAAAAUUCGCAUAUAUUUUAUAAAAUACAACAAUUACCCGAAAAAGCAAAUAAUAAAGAAAUACUCAGGCGUGUCCGGGAAGCCAGGCAUCAGCACACGUGUCGUUACGUAAUUGGGGAAACUACGUGUGCCAGUAGAACCGCAUCUCUGCGAAUUUGAUACCCCAAGAAAGAGAAAGAAAAAGAGUAAAUACUGGAGAAGGAAACCGAGCGACUCACUCAACCCAUUUUCACCAGAAAAAGUCAUAUCUUCCCGUGAGAGAAAAAAAAAAAAAACCCAAAUCCCACCGGCAAAAAAUGGCCACGAAAUCCGCCAUCGCUUCCUCGUCCUUCUCCUUCCUCCGAUCCGUCUUCCCCGGAACCGUCACCAUGGAGCCGAUCGAAGACGCGGUGGUGGUGGACGCACCCGCCGCCGACCUGUCCUCGUACUGGGAGUUCAUCAACGCCUCCGAUGCCGACUCCAGCGACACCGAGUCGCUGCUCAGCGACGAGAACGGGUUCGUCUCCUUGCACGACUCGUCCGCGCCUCCAUCUCUCCCUGCGCUGCUGAUCGCCGCCGCCGAUGCUGUCCCCGAAUCGGAUGAGAAAGAAGGCCAAGAAGAAGCCGAAGCCGGAUUCGGAGGAGCAGGGAAAGAAGCGGUGGGUUGUGGCGUGAUCGUCGCUGCUACGGGGGAUCUCGGUCGAGCUUUUGUGGAGAGGCGGGUUUAUGAUCUGUACGGCGGUCAGUUGUACGGAGAGGAAGAAGAGGAGGAGGAGGAAGAGGAGGAGGAGGAGUACGACGAGCUGGCGGCGUGGAAUUUGAGCGGGAAGCUGGCGGGGAAGCAGAGGAUGAGGAAAGUGGGGAAGAAGGGUUGCCAGAACAAGAUCAGCAACGCCAAGCGCAAUCCCUACAGUUACGUCAAGAGAGGGUGCGCUUAUGGGAAGCACAAAGCUUGAAGAACCCGUAAGGAAAACAGUGGCAACCAGAUCGAAAGGUAACAAUUUGGGGGGAAACGGGGAAGGAACGAUCUUUUUUUUUCUUAUUGUCCUUGUUCUUUUUUUCCGAUGUGAAUUCUGCAAAUUCGUGAAUUUUUAGGGUUCGGCUCCUGGUAGUUUGAUUUUUUUAGGGAUUGCAAAUGUAAAUUGGGGGUUGGUAGGAAUGUUCAGUUGGGGUGGUUGCUUCGGUUCCUGAAUUUGACUGGAUGGAAAACUGUAGCCAUGGGUGGAUGGUUGAAUUUGGAAGAAUCAUCCUUGUACAUAUGUCAUGAGGAUCUGGGUAGUGAAUUAAUGAAUUCUUUUUUCCUGAAUUCUGUGAAUCAGUUGAUUGUCUGUUCUUCAGUAUUGGGGAAUCAAACCUUUUCCUGCAAUCUCAAAAGGAAGCACAUGCGUUAGUUACAAGAAUCCUGAGAAAUUCUUAAGCCACUGAAGAAGAACACAGAGUGGUUUUUCUGCAGCUAUACUGAGCUUAAGGAAACUGUAGAUAAGUAAGUUAGGUUCUUCCUUGAAGAACCAUGACUUGAUUAUGUCGAACUCGUACGUUGUUCUUCGAUUGGACUUGCUUCCCGCAGUGCAACCUAUCGGUAAAUCUACCUCAAUCGUCGUUUUGAAGAUUCGUCUGCAUUUUGACUGGCUUGCACUGCACAUACCAAAGUUCUAGUUGCAGGAAGCAGAACUAUCUUAUCAUAUGAUUAAGUUGCUGCGUAUGAAAUCACAGUUCUAAGCGUUCUUCACUAGAAGGAAUCGUUACUCACUAGCUUAGAUUCCUAAAUUUUCAAUCUUGCAGAACUGCCACGACCCUGAUUCCUACAAAUUGAACUAUGAUCUUGUCGUCCAGUUAUCGUAUUGUUGCUUGGAAGUUGGAACAGUGAUGAAAAAUAGAAACCAAACUGCGACAAGAACAGAAUACCUUCUCUUGGAUUCUAGCGAUGAGGUCGGGGAAGCCACCUUGAUUCUCCAUGCUUGAAGCCAGGAGAGCUUUUUGUACAAGAGUUGCUGAACGCCUACAAGCAGAAGACGGAAUACUUCAGCUUCCCAUGGCAAUCGACAAGCCGAAAUAGCAACCAGACAAAGCUAGUUUGAUACGAAGCUUGGGCCUAAGGCGAUAGUCCACUCACGAAGUAGAAUGAAAAGGGUAAGGCCCGUAAGCUUGGGCCUAAGGCGAUACUCUAUCGCACCCACCCACUUAAUACCAAAGAUGUGCUUUUCAAGCUACAUAGACUUUCCAAGCUCUAACCAAGUUACAGUUUUCUAUUAGUGAGUUGACUUUUUUUUUUUUUUUAAUUAUUGAAUUAUUUAGCAUAAUUAAGAACAUGAAAUAUUAAGAAAAAGGAAGGUGAGUCCACCAAUGACAAACUGGCAUGUGGCUGGUUGAAGCUUCUAUGUCCAACCAAAGUUGAAUCUAAGAAUUUUUUCACAAAUCACAACACAAUCGUUGAACCCUGACUUCCAAUCCAUGGUAACGCUAAUCCCUUGCUUACCCCUAUGUAAUAGACAACUGGAGCGUCUCUUCAGUAGUUCGACUCCAAACCCAAAUGAGGUUGAAAACGCAAUUAGGUAAGUGUCUCACCUUUAUUCAUCCGGUAUAUGUUUGUUAUGAUGCAAAAUUCGACGUUCAAAAUACCGAUAAUCUCAGAAUUUGAUGGCGAUUUUAGUAGAAUUGUCACUUUUAACACUGUUUUUGUGAGAAAGACAAGGUAUACACACAAGUUCCAUCAUCCCACACACAAUAAUGGUUAAAAAAGUGGCAAUUUUUUCCUUUCUUAUCUUCCUACGCUUUUCCCCCAUAAACAAAUACUAGUAUUAGGUGACAACUUGCAAAGGUAUAUGUUUGGACUUUGGAGUUUGGAGGGUAGGCUGACAAAAAAAGGAAAGACAUCCAAAUCCAGGUAAUGAAAAAGCGUCAUUUGUCGUCUAGCAGCACUGAAUUGCUUCUCCACUCUUCUCCCGUCCCCAACUUGACUGAAUUAUAAAAUAAUACCGCAUUACCUUCAAUUCCCAUCCACAUCCGACCUAGGGUUUUCCAAAAACUACGGGUCGUUUGGAAGAUGCGAUUGUUAAAUAGAUGUAUUGUUGAGAAUGCAUGUAUAAUACUAUACAUGUAUUGUCGAAUUUGAUGCAUUGUAGAAUACAACGUUUGGUAUGUGCGAUUGUGUAUGUCGCAUCAACUAAAAGCUGAGACAAAACAAUCUCAACUCAACAAUCUCAACAAUCACAACUAAAAGUUGAGAUAUAACAAUAACUCAAAAUGAGUGAUAGUUUCUGUCACAUCAUAGAAACAAUCCAUGUAUUGUUUCUGCUAAAAAAACAAAAAAACGAUGCAUUGUAAACAAUACAUACAUAAUGACAAUCUCAACAAAACAAUCGCAACUUCCAAACGACCCCUACAUUAUUCUUAUACAGUGGGUUGAGGGGUUUUUUUCUUCUCUUUCUUCAUAUGGUUGUAGAAGUUUCAAUUCUAUUGGAUGUCUCCGAUGAAGGAAAAUUAUUGUACACGUAUAAGAUUUUUUGAAUGGGUAAGAUGUCCUCUCAAUAACUCGAGCUAUUAAGAUAAGUUGGUUUAUUACAUGAUAUCAUCAGAGUUGGUUUGUCAUUAAGGCCAUGUGUUUAAGGUCUCAUGAUCCACAAUAUUUAACAACCGUUGUCUUUAAAGCACAUGGUAUGAUGGGUCUGUGCAAACUACAAACCAUGAGUUGACUUUCGUUUGAGGGGGACGUAUAAUAAAUUUUUUAUCAAAAACUUAGAGUUACGCGUUAUUGGGACCAUAGUUGGUUUAUGACAAUUAUGUACCUGCAUACCAAACAUCUACACCCACGGGUAUUAUGAUUUAUGAGCUUUCGUCUCGCUCAAGGCAAGAUCUGAUGGUUGGUUUUGCAGUAUAUAUCUUGGUAAAAAACUUGCUGCAAUGAAUGACCGCAGGCAGCAAGUUGCAGUUCUGUUCUCCAUGUAUGGCGCCCAUGCCCGAGUAUUAAAAGCUCUGGAGCUGAUCAAAAUCUGAAGAAUCCGAUAUUCUGAUCUAUAAUAUUGGUUGAUAUAUGGUCAGUGCUGAUUGAAUGUGCAUGCACUAAAAAAUGUCGGACCAACCCUUCUUGUAUCUUUCCAUUAGCUUAGCUACUUCGAUCGGUUCUCAAAAGAAAUAAGUAUUUUGGUA